GGCCUUCGCGGUUUCCAUAUCCUCCUCAAGACCUAUCAAAAUGGCCACUACUCUCCCCAAGGACAUCUCCAGGCUCGGUCAAGAAGUUAAACUCUUCGGCAAGUGGGAUACUCAGGAUGUUGAGGUGAAGGAUAUCUCCCUCACGGACUACAUCCAAGUCCGCCAUGCCGUCUAUCUCCCUCACACGGCUGGUCGUUACGCCAAAAAGCAGUUCAAGAAGGCGCAGAUGCCCAUUGUCGAGCGAUUGGUUGACAGCUUGAUGAUGAAGGGCCGCAACAACGGCAAGAAGCUCAUGGCCGUUCGCAUUGUUGCACACGCAUUCGAAAUCAUCCACCUCCUCACCGACCAGAACCCCAUUCAAGUUCUGGUCGACGCCAUCGUCAACACUGGACCCCGAGAGGAUUCCACCCGUAUCGGAUCGCAGGGUACCGUUCGUCGUCAGGCCGUCGAUGUGUCCCCCCUCCGCCGGGUCAACCAAUCCAUCUCCCUGCUUACCAUCGGUACACGUGAAUCCGCUUUCCGCAACGUCAAGUCAAUCGCUGAGUGCCUGGCUGACGAACUUAUCAACGCCGCCAAGGGAUCGUCAAACUCAUAUGCUAUCAAGAAAAAGGACGAGCUCGAGCGUGUGGCCAAGUCCAAUCGGUGAUUUACCGUAUUUGUUUUUGGUUCUGCUGGUUCAUCAAGCAAAGGGGGGAGCGACGCCUUUUACAAUUGUCACCUUUUUUUGACUUUAUUGCAUGUUUGCCCACUCAUGACUUCUCCAUGCUGCCUGUUUAACUACAUGCCAAAACCGUUAUGCUCC